AUCAGAGUGAAGAGCCUUUUCAUAAUGGACAGUUCAUCCAGAGAGAAUAUGCAGUUAUUCUGCAAAACUUCCGUGCAUCCUGUUGAAAGACCUUCCUGCAAAUCAGAAUAUCCCUCCUCCUCAGAGAAACAGCCUUGCUGUGGGGAACUAAAGGUGUUCCUGGGUGCCUUAUCUUUUGUUUACUUUGCCAAAGCCCUGGCAGAAGGUUAUUUGAAGAGCACCAUCACUCAGAUAGAGAGGAGGUUUGAUAUCCCUUCUUCACUGGUGGGUGUUAUCGAUGGCAGUUUUGAAAUCGGGAAUCUCUUAGUGAUAACUUUCGUUAGCUACUUUGGAGCCAGACUUCACAGGCCAAAGCUCAUCGGUGGAGGCUGCCUGGUCAUGGGUGUCGGAACAGUGCUGGUCGCUGUGCCCCAGUUCUUCAUGGAACGGUACAGAUAUGAAACAUAUUCUUUCUCCAACUCAACCUUCAACCUAUCUCCGUGCCUCUCAGCGUCCAACCCGGAAUUGCCAAUCUCAGUUAUGGAAAAAUCACAAUCCCAAAAACACAAUGAAUGUGAGACUGACGCCAGCUCUUCCAUGUGGGUGUAUGUUUUCCUGGGGAACCUCCUUCGAGGAAUAGGGGAAUCUCCGAUACAGCCCCUGGGCAUCGCCUACCUGGAUGAUUUUGCCAGUGAAGACAGUGCAGCCUUCUAUAUUGGAUGUGUGCAGACGGUUGCAAUUAUAGGACCAAUCUUUGGCUUCCUGUUAGGCUCAUUAUGUGCCAAACUGUAUGUUGACAUUGGCUUUGUAAGCCUAGACCAUAUAACCAUUACGCCAAAGGACCCACAGUGGGUAGGUGCCUGGUGGCUGGGGUAUAUAAUAGCAGGAGUCCUGAGUCUUCUGGCGGCAGUGCCCUUUUGGUGCUUACCCAAGAGUCUACCAAGACCUCGAAGUAGAGAAGGCUCCAGUUCCUCAUCUGAGAAAUCCAAAUUUAUUAUGAAUGAUGACACUGAUUUUCAAGCAUCUCAAGGAGAAAAAACAAAAAUAAUGGAAAUGGUAAAGGAGUUUCUUCCAUCGCUGAGGAGUCUUUUGGGAAACCCCGUGUAUUUCUUGUAUUUGUGUGCCAGCACCGUUCAGUUCAACUCUUUGUUCGGCAUGGUCACGUACAAAGCCAAGUACAUUGAGCAGCAGUAUGGACAGUCAUCCUCCAAGGCCAACUUCGUGAUCGGGCUAAUCAACAUACCUGCAGUGGCUCUGGGAAUAUUCUCUGGGGGAAUCAUUAUGAAAAAGUUCAGAGUUGGUGUCUGUGGAGCUGCCAAACUCUACUUGGGAUCAGCUGUCUUUGGAUACCUCCUGUUCCUGUCCUUGUUUUCACUGGGCUGUGAAAAUUCUGAUGUGGCAGGACUGACCGUCUCCUAUGAAGGAACCAAACCUGUCUCUUAUCAUGAACGAGCUCUCUUUUCAGAUUGUAACUCAAGAUGCAAAUGUUCAGAGACAAAGUGGGACCCCAUGUGUGGUGAGAAUGGAAUCACGUAUGCAUCGGCUUGUUUUGCUGGUUGUCAAAUCUCUACCAGGACUGGGAAAACUACUAUAUUUUAUAACUGCACCUGUGUUGGAACUUCAACCCCUCAAUCAGGAAAUUCCUCAGGCAUGGGAGGAAGAUGUCACAAAGAUAAUGGAUGUCCUCAAAUGUUUCUAUAUUUCAUUGUAAUUUCAGUCAUCACCUCCUACACGUUAUCCCUAGGUGGCAUACCUGGGUACAUACUGCUUCUGAGGUGCAUUAAGCCACAGCUUAAGUCUUUUGCCCUUGGUAUCUACACCUUAGCAAUAAGAGUUCUUGCAGGAAUUCCAGCUCCAGUAUACUUUGGAGUUUUGAUUGACACUUCAUGCCUCCAGUGGGGAUUUAAACCAUGUGGAAGUCGAGGAUCCUGCAGAUUGUAUGACUCCAACGCAUUCAGACACAUAUACCUGGGACUAACUGUGAUUCUGGGCACAAUGUCCAUUUUCCUAAGUAUUGCAGUACUUCUCACUUUAAAGAAAAAUUGUGUUUCAAAACACAGAAGCUUUAGAACCAAGAGAGAAAGAACAAUGAACAAAUCUUCUACAAAAGUCAAGAAGGAAAACUGUGCUACAAGUGAUCAUUCGCUACAACCCAGCUACUGGCCGGGCAAGGAAACGCAACUUUAGGAAAAUGCUUUGAAGCAACUUUUCAGUUUCUGGAAAUUCUACCAAGGACUUCGAUCAAAAGGGUAUUAAGUGCAUAAUUCUUCCUCUUUUCAGAAAUUUUCUGUUUCAAAUCCCAAGCGUUAGAUAAUAUACCUGAUAACAAAUAUAGUUAAACAUAUUACAAAUGAUAGAGUAACAAAUUUAAUUUUAAACCUCCUAAUUUAUAUACAAAUUCCAUAUAUUGUUUUCUCAUUCUAUAAUUUUGCUUUGUGCACACUAGCUGUAAUCCUCUAGUUUAAUUGCAAAUACAAUUUGCAAAUCGAGAUGUUUAUCUUAGUAACAGUCUUAAAACCCAUCUUAGCCUCUUCCAAAUGUUG